CCCUCUUCCCCCACCGCGGAGCAGCCAAGCACAACGCUGGCCUCUUCCCCUCACCUUUCGUCCACAGGGACCACCCAUCAGGAAAGGACCUUGGAAUCCAUGAGUCAGAGCACGAGCGAAGAGACAGAAAGUAGUACGCCCAUGGUAGGAAGCAGCAUGCCCAGCAUCACGGUGUUGCCCGGAAGCACUCGCGAGGUCAGCUUGCCCUCCAGCUUGCCCUCCAGCUUGCCCUCCAGCUUCUCCCCCUCCACAGCCCAUGAGUCCAGUCAAACCACUGGUGUGCCCACCUCUCCUUGGAGCACAGCAGGAGUGACCUCAACUCCCCCACUGGUCUCGUCAACCUCUCCUCAUUCGAUAUCCGCCACAGAGCCGUCUUCCCGCUCGAGGGUGACGGUGCCUUCCAGUGGGAGCCCAACCACAAGCCAGGAGUACUCAUUUCCGGUAACUUCCAGCUCCCCCAGGCCUUCCCCGCAAGAGAGUCCUGAGACCCGCACGCUUCCCAUCACUUCCUCGGUCACCGCCGGCCCACAGCUGGUCUCGUCUGGCACCACGGAGUCACCCACUAUGUCUUCUCCGACUGCGGAGCAGCCAAGCACCACGCGGGCCUCUUCCCCUCACCUUUCGUCCACAGGGACCACCCAUCAGGAAAGGACCUUGGAAUCCAUGAGUCAGAGCACGAGCGAAGAGACAGAAAGUAGUACGCCCAUGGUGGGAAGCAGCAUGCCCAGCAUCACGGUGUUGCCCGGAAGCACUCGCGAGGUCAGCUUGCCCUCCAGGUUGCCCUCCAGUUUGCCCUCCAGCUUCUCCCCCUCCACAGCCCAUGAGUCCAGUCAAACCACUGGUGUGCCCACUUCUCCUCGGAGCACAGCAGAAGUGACUUCCACUCCCCCACCGGUAUCGUCAACACCUCUUCCAUCGACAUCUGCCAGAGAGCCCUCUUCCCGCUCGAGGGUGACGGCGCCUUCAAGUGGGAGCCCAACCACAAGCCAGGAGGCCUUACUUCCGGCAACUUCCAGCACCCCCAGGCCUUCCCCGCAAGAGAGUCCCGAAACCCCUACGCUUCCCAUCACUUCCUCGGUCACCGCAGGCCCGCAGCUGGUCUCGUCUGGCACCACGGAGUCACCCACUACGUCUUCUCCGACUGCGGAGCAGCCAAGCACAACGCGGGCCUCUUCCCCUCGCCUUUCGUCCACAGGGAUCACCCACCAGGAAAGGACCUUGGAAUCCACAAGUUGGAGCACGAGCGAAGAGACAGAAAGUAGUAUGCCCACGGUGGGAAGAAGCGUGCCCAGCACCACAGUGUUGACCAGAAGCACUCGUGAGGCCAGCUUGCCCUCCAGCUUGCCCUCCAGGUUCUCGCCCUCCACAGCCCAUGAGUCCAGUCAAACCACUGGUGUGCCCACUUCUCCUCGGAGCACAGCAGAAGUGACUUCCACUCCCCCACCGGUCUCGUCAACCCCUCCUCCAUUGACAUCCGCCACAGAGCCGUCUUCCCGCUCGAGCGUGACCGUGCCUUCCAGUGGGAGCCCAACCUCAAGCCAGGAGACCUCACUUCCGGCAACUUCCAGGUCCCCCAGGCCUUCUCCGCAAGAGAGUCCUGAGACCCGCACGCUUCCCAUCACUUCCUCGGUCACCGCCAGCCCGCAGCUGGUCUCCUCUGGCACCAUGGAGUCACCCACUAUGUCUUCUCCGAUUGCGGAGCAGCCAAGCACAAUGUCGGCCUCUUCCCCUCGCCUUUCGUCCACAGGGACCACCCACCAGGAAAGGACCUUGGAAUCCAUGAGUCGGAGCACGAGAGAAGAGAUGGCAAGCAGCACGCCCACGGUGGGAAGAAGCGUGCCCAGCACCACGAUGUUGACCAGAACAACUGCUUCUACCACUGAAAUUAUUCCCCCCAAAUGCUUGAAUGGAGGGGUUCCCAUUGGGGAUCGCUGUCAAUGUCCGUCGCCUUAUAUAGAGCCAUUUUGCAAAGAGGCAAGGAAUGAAGUAGUUGUGAAGAUGGUCAACGCUACAAUCAACGUCUUUGUCAAAGUGAUCAACAUGGAGUUUAAACCAGGGAUGGCGACUCCUGGCACUGACGAUUUCCUGUCCUUUGUCGCGCGCUUUGAGGGACAGAUGAAUAUUUUCUACGCAGACGUUCCUGGGUACCAGCGUGUGAUUCUGACUCGCCUGAGCAACGGCAGCAUUAACGUGGACCACGAGGUGGUCCUGCGGCUGCGGUUCUCUGAAUUCAAUGCGUCCUACGCUACAGCCAAGGAGAGAAUUUACCAGCAACUGCACAACGGAGCACCGGUAAUAUGGUCCUCUGACGACAAAGAACGGCUGUGUUUUAAGUCAGAAGACUCUGUUGUGACCUCCGUGCCACUCAGCCCUCAAGACUUGUCCAAAGUGUGCAAGAACGACUCUGUGAUCGUGCGGAAGCUCCAGCCAUACUACGUGGCCCGAAACGUUAGCAACCGGCUGGAGUGUGUCUCCAACUGCAGCUUUUGGCACCCGGAACCAUUUCUCUGUGAAAACGGAAACUGCUACAUUCAGACAAAUGGGCCAAACUGCUACUGCGAGCAGUCGGAC